CCUUGAAUCCAUCAAAGAAAGGAAUCCAAUUUCGCAAUUGUGGUUGCAGAAGAGAAGAGUGCAGAGAAGGGCAACAACAUCAAUGGAAGAACCAAAAGCACCUGAAACUUCUCCUUCUCCUUCUUCUGCUGCUGCUUCUUCUGCACCGACAACAACUCAAAGUUCACAACUUCCUCCUCCUUCACCACCACCACCAACAACAACAACAACGAGUGGUGCUGCUAUUCCUUCUUCAACGAAGAAGAGGCCUCUCGAAUCUGAUUCUUAUUCCAACUACUACAAGAUUCGCGCACUUAUUCGAGACCUUCGCCCCCAUUUCAUCCAGGUUAUCCGAACUCCUGACUACAAAAAUAGCAAAGAAUCCCGAGAAAUUCGAGAACAAUUGAAGAUUGUUGUGAAGUUAUACGAUGAUAUGAAAGCGGAAGCAGUUUUGUUGGCAAAGUAUAAGCAAGAUGGCCAAACACAGCAAGAGCAGCAGCCUCAACAUAUGAAGUCUCCGGAGCAGAUUCAAGUUGAGAAAUCAUUCACCUCAAGGGCAUCAUCUGAAAUUAAGGUUACGGCACUGGCUGAAGAAGGUCAAGGAACAUAUGUAGUUGGUGGAUCGGCAUUUGGCUGGAAUUUCAUCACCUUUUCAGGGAAGGAAGCUGUCUAUUAUGGUAGGACAAAGGAACAAUUUCGAUCGACACAAGUGAGGACUCAGUAGUGCUGUGUCUCCGGGGAUUAACAAAGUAGUUUCAUUCAUUGAUAGAGGGUGCUGAAAAUCCUCAUCCACAAGUACAGUGUAGAAGAGGUUUACAUAGAACAUUUAUAUCAUUUAGUUUUCUAAUAUUUUGUUGCAAUUGACAUCUAAAAUUUUCCAAGAGGCAUGGCACAUGUGCUGUAACAUUGUUUUUUGCUGAGUUGGAUUAAUCUGAGUGCAGAAUUAUUAUUUUUUCGAUUAAAA